AAAAAAAGGCACCACGUCAACGCCAAGUACAUUAUCCGCCCGAUUUACAUAAAUAACACCGCCCAUGUGGGGCGAAACGUGAUAAUCCAUCGACUGUGGGGCUGGCUUCGGAAAAGGGAGGAAGAAAAAGGGAAGAAAAGUUUGGGAGAGUGACUUUAACAUCGCGGAGAGUGCAGGAGCUGCGGUGCCGUAGAACCCGGAGCUUCCCGGACUCUUUCUUCCCCUUUCUUUCUGUGGGUUUCACAAGCAUGGAUGCUUUGAAGUCCGCGGGUAGGGCCAUCAUACGGAGUCCGAGUCUGGCUAAACAGUCAUGGGGAGUCGGCAAACACAAAAAACUGCCCGAAAACUGGACGGACACGAGGGAGACGCUGCUGGAGGGCAUGGCUUUCAACCUGAAGUACCUGGGCAUGACGCUGGUGGAGCAGCCCAAGGGUGAGGAGCUGUCUGCUGCGGCAGUCAAGAGGAUCGUCGCCACGGCCAAGGCCAGUGGAAAGAAACUCCAGAAGGUGACGCUGAAAGUGUCUCCCAGGGGGAUUGUACUGUACGACAGCUCCACCAAUCAGCUCAUUGAGAACAUCUCCAUAUACAGGAUAUCUUACUGCACAGCUGACAAGAUGCACGACAAGGUGUUUGCCUACAUUGCACAGAGCCAGCAGAACGAGACCCUGGAGUGCCACGCCUUCCUGUGCAGCAAGAGGAAAGUGGCCCAGGCGGUCACGCUCACUGUGGCUCAGGCCUUCCGAGUGGCGUUUGAGUUCUGGCAGGCUGCCAAAGAAGAGAAAGAGAAGCGAGUGAAAUCGGGGUCUGAUGGCGAGGUGGCCAGCAGCUCUCAGUCAGAAAGCUCCGCUAGCCUGGCGAGUCUGAAAGGAGGGGAGGUAGCGACGGGAAACCUGCUGGAUUUGGAAGAAGGAGCGAACUUGGCUUUUGCAAGCUCGGGUGCCAAUUCUGGCCACAUUGAGGAGCCCUUCUGCGUGCACAGGAACGCCACCGAGAACAACAACACCGUCUGGGAACUUGAUGAUGGUUUGGAUGAAGCUUUUUCAAGACUCGCUGAGUCUAGAACUAACCCCCAGGUCUUGGACAUUGGGGUGACGCCUCAGGACUUCAACACUGACGAGUGCCUUUCACCCACGGACUGGGACAAAGCUGACGCCAACGCCGCAGACAGAGACGACAUCUUCGGUUUCUGAGGACGAUGGCGCCCUCCUGUGUGCGGAGCCGGAUUUGCACCGAAAGGAAAAGCACAGAAAGCCGUCUUCCUUGGAGAGACCACUGGCGCCACCUAGUGGUUUUUAGCUGGGAGGACUGACUAACCCAAAACAAGCGUUUUCAGCUUCCAGACUUUUCAGACCAAAGCAAUAAUAAACUAUUACAAAUAUUUGCAUUUCCCCCCACCUUUUUCUUUUUCUAAGGAGCCAUCUUGCAGUUAAUGGAGUUCUUUGUUAGUCUUGUUCUGUUUUGAUUUCUUUUCAUGUGCUCACUUUUUGACAUGUCUGUAUAUAUGUAUCAAAAUCAGUAUGACGUUUUAUUUUAGAAUUAUAAUUUAUAUCACCCUUUUAUUUUUUUUAUUUCGUUGAGUGUUUGUUUACCCUUUCUGCUUUAAAAAACCCCAAGAACAAAGCCCAUGUCCUUUCAUGUACUGACUCAGUGUAGCCUUUUCUGAAUAUAUUUCAGGAUCCCAAAGUUUCAAUAAUCCUCGAAACAACAUGCAAUUUCCUUCUGUUCUUUGCAGGACUGAAUUUUUGGGUAAAUGUUGAUGUGUUGUACACAUUUGUGUUGUCUCAGAGGUGCUUUUAUUAAAUCUUGUAAGUGUUAAUUUUCAAAACAAGGAUAUCAUGGGGAAUUUUGAAACACUAGGGUUUGCUUUAGAAAAAUGUAAAUUCGUUGUUGAGCUCAAAAUGGAACUUUUGGAUUUCAUUUUGUAAACGGACACAAAGAAUGAACGUCUUUGGUUAGAAGAGGAAUGAGACAUUGUGCCAUGUCUGCUUUUGAUGCACUUAAACCAUCACUUUCUCAGCGUCACACUUUUAUUUAGGAAAUAAAUUAUCACAAGGGGAGCAGGGCACAUUGGCAAUUGUGCUAGUAGAAAUAAGAUGCAUCUCUGAGUGUGGAAGAUUUUAAACCUGAUUGCAAUAUUUUAGGGGUUUCUUGUCGGUAAAAUAAAUGCUGCAUCCAGCGUUUCAGCUAUAGCUGAAAUUGGCAAUGCCAAAUAGACACACACAGGGACAGAAAAGCUAUUCUGAACUGAAUCUUUUUGUGAACUUUGGUAGCUCUUAAUGUUUAGCAAGAAACUUUUUAUUUUUCUUUAGACCACAAUCAUGGUGGGGAAUGAUACAUUCACCUAUGCAUUCAAUGAGGUAAGAAAAAUAAACCUGCAUGUCAGAGAAGGAAUUUUGCAUUUUAUGAGAAGAAAAGGACAAUCUUAUUUUGUUUUCUGGUUGGAAAGCUUACUUUUCUGAAAACAAAAGCAAGAAGUAUUUUUGCACUUGUUUUUCCUCCCUCUUCAGAGCACAUUGUUUAAUUGCAGGAAAGUGGGUUUUUAUGCAGGAAAUGCAAAUGCUGCUAAUGGUUCCCCACCUGUGUGGUUUUGCUUCUCCACAUUCACCUUCCCGAAGCGAUCACUUCCUGGGGAGGGGGCUAGGUGUGUGUGUGUCAGUGUUAAUAUUGACCUUCUACACAUGGUUGCAUAUUCUUUUGGAUUAAUUUAAAUACUACUCUGUCAGUAUCAUGUUAUGUUCCCUCAAAAUUGAAUAAAAUAAGAAAUGAAAGUGA